UUGACAAAUUGCUUACAUCACAUUAUAAAAUUGUCGUCAUCCAAUCAAGAUGUCGGGACCGCAAAUUCAUUCAGUGUAAAUUUUAGGAGAUUUAGUAUGUAAAUAACACAAAUUUCGUAUAUCUCUUUAUGUUGACUGGGUCAUAAAUUAUGUCAAAGGAUUUGAAUUACUAUUUGAUAUAGCUUUCCUGUAUGGAUGAUGAAUAGGAAAAUAUGUGCUAAAUCGUGCAUGUCAGUCUUAAUAUCACAUUUAUUUGUGUAUUCGACGAGUUGUAUUAAAUGUAACCUAUGCAUAACAAGUUGACAACAUUUGCGUUUCAUCUAAUCUUAGAGUCAUAAACUCCCGCCCUUUAAAUGGGACGUUCAGAAGAUUGAUUUGGGUGCAUUCUAUUUUAUUUAGGACAUUUUUCAAUUCAUGACUGUAACUGUCUGGAAAGAGGAUUGACGUUAAAGGUUGACGACAAAUUUAAAAAGAUGUCUUCCUUCCGAGAAAAGAAUCAUACAACAAUGGACACGAAGUCUAAGUCGGACAAUAAACACCUAGAAAAUAUCAGCAAGGGAUUGAACAAAGCCAGACAAUACAUCAUUAUAGUGUUAACAUAUUUCUUCUACAAACUCACACAAACUAUCGUUUUAACAUUUCAAAAAUUUACAUGGGCUGUGACUGGGGUAGAGAAAACUCGAAAGGAUGCAAAACAUGGCCUGCAAUUUAAACAAAGCGUCCAUGUUCAAAGUAUAUUUUGGCGCCGGAAGUUCAUUAGUACGUCAAUGGCAGAUCCGUCAAAUUUUAUAACUACACACAAAGCAUUUAAACACCCAAAUUAUAUUCUUAAGCCCACAGUAUCUUUAUACUGUAUGACGAAAGAUGAAGUUAUAUUCGUAGAGGUUCCGGAAGGGGUUGACAUUACUGGAACCCAGCAACCUAGAACGCCUAUGUAUAUUCAGCAGUUUCAACGUGCUCAUAGUUUAAUAACAAUGCCCUUGCCAGCUUUUCAUAAAAUUGCCCAUGAUCUCGGAAAUCCGCGUGUUCCUAUUAUUUGGAUUUCUAAUACUGGACAUUGUGGAUCUACUAUGCUUGUUCAAAUGUUUGCAAAGCUUCCAGGUAUGUUAGUGAUGAAUUCUCCUGAUGUUUUAACAACGCUUGCUUUCCUGGAGAAAAAUAAUAAUUUUGAAAAAGGAGAGUAUGAACAGCUACUUCCAGGAGCAAUUCGUAUUUUGUGCAAACCGGACGAAAGAGCAAGAAUGAUUUGUGUAAAGACAAGACCUUGCUGUACGAUUCAAAUGGGAGACGUUUAUAGGAACUUUCCGCAUAUCUACCAACUAUAUGUGUAUCGAAACAGUUUAAAAACGAUUGCAUCAUCUUUGAAUAUAUUUGGUAACGAAGAAUUCGAUAUGAUAUCUAGAUAUAUAUUAGACAGUGAAGUGUUAUCUACUGUAUUCCCAUGUUUCCGCAGACUUUUGUAUAACAGAUACUGUUCUGUACUUGAUAGAACACCACCUAUUGUAGACCAAAAGAGUAUGACAACAGUUUCAGCUUUCACAAUAGCAUGGGCUGCAAAUAUAGCUACGUGCUUAGAUUUUGUUGAAGCUGGUGUCCCACUCUUGCCACUACUAUUUGAAGAUAUGAUGCGUAAUCCACGUCGCACGUGUUCAGUGUUGUUUGAUCAUUUAGAAAUAAGACAGGAUUUUGUCGAUACUGCUAUGGAAGGCUUUAAAUUAGACACUUCUAAACAUCCAAACAGUGGACAAAGUUCUAUAUUACCAGAAUCACGUAAAACUAUCCCUCACGACUUUAGAACUGAAGCAGAUAGUAUUUUGAAAAAAUAUGGAUUACCAAAACUCGGUGAAAGAUAUGAAAUUCCAGGUUUAGCUGAUUUUGAAACACCAAAAUUUAACAGAGAUCUUUCUCGUGAUAGAUUUUUAUGAUUAAUAACUAGUGUCUGCCUAUUUGUAAAUAACACGAACAAAACAUUCUAUAGAUAAGUACAAUAAAUAUUAAAAGUU